AUGUUGCUGUCAUUCACGAUCGCAAUUCGUGCUGCUAGGAUGCAAGCUGAGGAUAGUUUGUAUAUAGCGAUUGAAGCACUUAAGAAUUUGGGCAUUAAUACAUUCUUGAAAGCGACAAUGGUGUGGAUAAAGUCACACCCUUGGGAGACUGCUGCCCUGAUCGUUCCCACACUUCUCACAAUGUGCACACCUGCUUUCUUGGGGCUCGCUGGAUUUACGACGGGUGGUAUCGCUGCAGGCAGCACCGCAGCAGGUUUCCAAGCUGGCAUUGGAAACUUUGCAGCUGGUUCUAUCUUCGCGACUCUUACGAGUGCAGUAAUCUCAGGAUACGGUGUACCUAUCAUCUUUGGAAGUGUCUGGAGCAUCAGCAGUGUCGUGUGCUGGGGACUUGCGACUUGGAAGAAACGAAAGCAAGACUCUGACUAUGUAGAUGGUGCUGGUCAUGAUAAAAAUCAUAGUGAUUUCGAGGGCACGGAGGAUACUAAAUCGCGAUUAAGAUUGCUCUAG